AAGCUCAUAACAAAACGUAGGUAGACGAAAAACGAGAACAUCCAGUUAUACACAGCUUUAACAGUUUACCGACGCCAUUCUGGUAAAACCAGUAUUGACUUAAGCCACUCCGUCUUGUCUGUGAGGUUUCUUGCCAUGGUACUACAGCCUAGGCUACAUUUAACUUUAUUUUUGUUUCACUAGUUCAUUGGACAACUCUUUAACGUAGACAACGUUAAACCCUUUUUAAAUUUGCCUCCCACGUGCUGACUUCGCCAAGGGGUGUGACCCCGGCAAUUGUAUCCACUUUACAUCAAAGCGAUCAGUGACGCAGCGAGAACCGAGGCGAUUGGGCGGCAGUUUUAAAUCAAACCACUGUCCGCGGCGAUUGGAUACACAUUUGGGGUCUGAGGGAGAGGUCGUCUACUGCACUCUUGUCGGCAUACUGUACGCAUCCAGUAACCAUCAGAAACAACUACCUGGACAGAAGAGCUCAGUUCCCGGACGUUAACCGCGUGGAGUAGGCUAACCUACCUGUCGGAAUGUUACCUGAGGUGGGUCGCAGUGUUGCAGAGGCAAAGACCGAGUCUGACCCGACCAUCAGCUGUAUGUUGGUUGGUGAUGGAGCCGUAGGGAAGACCAGCAUGAUCAUCAGCUACAUUGCCAACGGUUAUCCCGAUGAAUACCACCAGACAGCGUUCGAUGUUUUUACUGGGUCGGUUACAGUGGAUGGGAUACCUGUCCGAAUUCAACUGAUGGACACGGCAGGGCAGGAGGAGUAUGACAAGUUCCGCUCCCUGUGUUACAACCACACAGAUGUGUUCCUCCUGUGCUUCAGUGUGGUCAACCCUACGUCCUUCCACAACAUCACCACCAAGUGGAUCCCCCAGCUACGUGCCCACAAUCCUACGUUACCCAUCAUCCUCAUUGGCACCCAGGCUGACCUGCGAUACGACGUCAACGUUCUCAUCAACCUGAACCAGCUCCGGUUUAAGCCCGUGGAAAGCUCUCAGGCCCGUGGCCUGGCCGAGCAAAUACGGGCGCAGGACUACGUGGAGUGUUCUGCUCUGACCCAGGAUAACCUGAAGGAGGCCUUUGACUCGGCCAUCUUCGCCGCCAUAAAGCACAAGGCCUAUCGGGCCAGGAAACUAGGAAUUAUGGGCCGCGCAAAGACCUUCUCGAGCGGGGGCUGGAAAAAGUUUUUCUGCUUCAUCUAAGCCAAAAGACACAGAGGAGUUAAUGCCUAGAUUUAAGUCUGUGUGUGUGUGUGUGUGGGUGUGUGUGUGUGUGUGUGUGUGGUUUUGUGACUUGAUGUGUGUUUCUUUUUUGUUUUCCCAUUAUGCUUUAUGCUUCCUAUGGAAGCCACUGAGUCGGUGCAGUCUGCCUCCUAUACUGUUUCCGAUUGAGGCACCAUUGCAUUGUAUGGAUGCCAGAUACCCCUCAUGAUUGAAUUGGAUAACUGCAACUAUGAAGUUCUGAAACCUAACAGUAUUGCAUGCUGAAUGUAUUUGGAAAGUAUUUUUAAAUGAUAUCUUUUGUCAAUAUUA